GAAUCGAAACCGCGAUCCUAUGACCGCGAGUCCGCUGCCCUAACCACUGAGCCAUUGCGCCUCCACAACAUGCAGGAACAGCCUGGAGAUUAGCACGAAGAGUUAUGUUGUUCAUAAUCCAAACCGUUUAAUGUUUCAUAAACUGAUUCUGUACAGAUGAGUUUAAUUUAAAGAAAGAAUUUCUACAUAGUCACUUUCCCUGAACAAUGUAUCGAUCAAAUUGCUCCACCAACAGAAACUAGAUAAUCAACCGUAACUCCAACACUUCCAAACGCGAAAGAAACGGUGGUUAAUGUUGACCGUAUAUUAGUGUGUUUUGGUAUCAAAUACGGAUGCAUCCGGUUUAGCUGCCACCCGUUGUUAUUGGGUGCUAACCGGAUUCAAAAGAACGUGUGGUUGUAACUCUACAAGAAAACAAUACCAAGACUAAAUUACCAUUCCUUUACAUGGUGGUCAUUUUAAAAGUUUAACUGCUACCCAGACAUGGCAAGAAUAAUCACAGGUUUUCUAUUCUUGGCUGUCUUAUUUUGCAUGUCACAACAAACAGUUUCAGACACUAUCGCAUACAAUAUGGACUCUGCAAAGAAACAAGACAUCAGUAAUCUUGCUGCUUCAGUUGAUUAUUUUACAAACAGUCUUUAUCAAGCUGUGGCUACAGGAACCAACGAAAAUGUCUUCAUGUCACCAUUCAGUGUUGCUACUGUUUUAUCGAUGGUUUAUUUGGGAGCAAGACAAAACUCUGCCAAACAGUUUGAAAAUGUUUUGAAGAUAACUUCUAAUCCAGAUUCUGUAGCUUUGGCUUUCAAAGAAUAUUUUUCCCUUUUGAAAAACUCAGAUAAACUUGUCACAUUCAAUUCAGUGAAUCGUUUGUGUGCCAGUGAAAAAUUCCCUAUUUCAGAAGACUACAAGAACAAUAUUUCAAACUAUUUCUUUUCUGAUAUUGAAAAUGUAGACUUUAUAACAAAUGCUGAAAAAACAAGAAUAGCUAUUAAUGAUUGGGUUAAGAAUAACACAAAUAACAAAAUUACUGAUCUGUUACCAAGUGGAAGUUUGACACCUCAGUCGGUUCUAGUUCUUAUUAAUGCUGUGUACUUUAAAGGAAUGUGGGCUGAAAAAUUCCCAGAACAUGCAACAUCAUCUAGAAAGUUUUAUUUAAGUUCUGACAAGACUGUUUCUCAUGAUUUUAUGUUUAAGUCUGAAGAUUUUAAUACAAAAAUAAGUGACAACUAUAAAGUAGUUGAAUUACCUUAUAUAGGAAAAGCUUUUAGUAUGUUUGUAAUUCUUCCCAAUGAAAUCAAUGGUCUUGCUGCUUUAGAGAAGGAGAUUAAUGCUGAAUUUCUCAAAGACAUUGUAGAUAGAAAAGGAUUUGAAAUGACACAUCUAGAAUUAUAUAUGCCAAAAUUUCAUUUAGAGAGUAGUUUUAAGUUGGGUGAUGUUUUGAAAAAGCUUGGACUCUCUGAUAUUUUUAAUCCACAAAAAGCUGACUUAUCUGGAAUGACCGGUGGUGAAAAGAAUAUUUAUGCCAGUGAAAUGUUUCAUAAAGCAUUUGUUGAUGUUAAUGAAGAAGGAACAGAAGCUGCUGCUGCUACUGGAAUGGUGGUCACGAAUUAUAUGUUGAGAAUUGGGAUGCAAUUUGAUGUCAAUCACCCAUUCACAUUUUUAAUUGUUGAUAACCGAAGUAAAAUGAUCCAUUUUAUUGGUAAAGUAACAAACCCCACAAUAUAGAUGAUAUUGUCCUGUCAGAGAUUUUUCUCUUAUGGAAUACUACAUUGUAUUAUGUAGACAAUGUAACUGAGCAAAUUUAUUUAGAAUAUUUUUCAGUAGCAUAACUUAAGUCAUUAUAGUAGUAAUCGUGCAGGACCAUGGUCAUAUCUAUGCAAUGAAAUAUUAUAAGACAGUUUUAAUUUAGUUCUAUAUUUAAGAGAUGCGGAAUUAUGUACAUUAUCUACAGUUGACGGAUAUAAGACAGUUUUAAUUUAGUUCUAUAUUUAAGAGAUGCGGAAUUAUGUACAUUAUCUACAGUUGAAGGAUAUUUGUCAUCUUGUUUGUCGUUAACACAACGUUUCAGCUGAUAUACCCUCCAGCCUUCAUCAGGUGUCUUGGGGAAAUUUCGAACCUGGGUUCUCAUUCCUAAGGUUUGAAAUUUUCCCAAGACACCUGAUGAAGGCUGGAGGGUAUAUCAGCCGAAACAUUGUGCUAACAACAAACAAGAUGAGGACAAAUAUCUGUCAAUUGUAAAUAACGUUAAUAGGUUUUAAUUUAAAUCAACAUUAUUAACUUGUGUGUGCUAUACAUUUAUGGAAAAAUAUUACACUCUGGAAAGUAUCUUUUCUUAGCAAGUUUAUUAUUUUAACAAUAUACUUAUUGUUGCCUGUAAAUGUUAUUUACUUGUUAAAUAAAGUGAAAUCAAGGCUUGUAA